AUUUUACAUGAAAACAAUUAAUCGAUUGCUUUGUGAUUUCAAUUUGUAUUUUUAAUUGAUUUUUAUAAUUUUUCUCCUGAAUGAUUUAAAAAUUUGUAUGUAAUAUUAUGGGCACUAAAAAGAAAAGCAUACCAGUUUCAUGGUACAAAACAAACAAAUAGUCUAAAAAUGCCUCAUCGUGUUUAAAAUAAGUUUAAAUUUUGAAAGUGUGUUACACCCUAACCUAACUUUUUGUUCCGGUUACUAGUGGAAAAUGUUCAGUUGAAAAUUCGGCCACACAUUUAGUAGAACAGCUUUCUCUCCCAUCACUCAUCAACGAUAGUAUUAAUUUUCAUUUACAGCAGUAUUCAACAAUGUCGAAUCACGUAUUUAUUUUAUCCGGCUGCAGGACAGCAAUAGGCAGUUUCCAGGGACAAUUUGAUAAAAUUCCCGCAAGCGAAUUAGGUUCCGUCGUAAUAACAGAAGCUUUAAAACGAGCGACAAUAAGCCCCCAAGAUGUUGACCAAGUCAUAAUGGGCCAAGUUCUAACCGCAGGUCAAGGUCAGAAUCCAGCACGACAAGCAUCAGUGGGGGCCCAAAUACCUUACACUGUUCCUGCAUACACUAUUAAUAUGUUAUGUGGCUCAGGCUUGAAGUCUGUGUGCCUUGCUUAUCAAGCAAUUUGUAACCAAGACAAUGAAGUUGUUGUGGCUGGGGGACAAGAAAGCAUGUCUAGGGCCCACCAUUCGGCUUAUAUCCGCGGAAAUAAAUUGGGAGCUGUCCAAAUGAAUGACACCUUACUGUGUGAUGGUCUCACAGACGCGUUUAACAGUAUUCAUAUGGGAAAAACUGCGGAGCAUUUAGCGAAAGAGUAUAAGAUUACACGGGACGCGCAAGAUAAGUACGCUUUGGCGUCACAAACAAAGACGCAGGAGGCAAUCCAAGAGGGGCAUUUCAAAAAAGAAAUUAUUGGAGUUGUGGAAAAGAAAACCGGGAAAGUUUUGGAUAAAGACGAAUUCCCGAAAGCUGGGACAACUCUAGACGGUUUGGCGAAACUAAGACCGGCUUUUGACCCUAACGGCAGCGUAACUGCUGGGAACGCGUCCGGAAUCAACGACGGCGCAGCUGCUCUUGUUUUAUGUAGCGAAAAUCAGGUGAAAUUGAAGGGCUUGAAGCCUGUGGCCAGGAUUGUCGCUUGUGCGGAAGUCGGAAUUGACCCAUUGUGCAUGGGAUUGGGACCUAUCGGGGCUGUGAACAAAGUUUUGGCCAAAACGGGUUGGUCAAGACACGACGUCGAUUUAUACGAAUUGAAUGAAGCUUUUGCCGUUCAGAGCCUCAUUGUGGUUGAUACACUCCAAGUCGAUGCGAAAAAAGUCAAUAUUACGGGUGGUGCUAUCGCUCUGGGGCACCCAAUUGGGGCUUCUGGCGCCCGCAUUCUUGUCACGCUGAUCCACAAUUUGGAACGUUUGAAUAAGAAGAAAGGAGUUGCAGCUUUGUGUAUUGGGGGAGGGAUGGGGAUAGCCAUCGCGAUUGAAAUGUGUUAAGUUUGUAUUUGAUUGUGUAUUUUUUUAUUGGAUUUGAAUUAAAGUAUUGGUGAAGUUAACUCGAA